CCCCGGUCUGUAGCGACGCAGACCGUCGUCCCCUGCCCGAGGCGCGUGACUGUGGACAACAGCAGUCGCAGUAUUAAUGGUCAGGCUUCUACGACAGGCUCGACAUAGAAGGUAGCCUGCAAUCCCAGCUCUCACUGCAGAGUUGGGUCCCCUUUCGCCGUCGCCAGCCUGACGACUUCCUGGCGCAAAGCCCGCCCACUGCACGCUGAGCCGCCCACUUCCUCUCUCCCCUCCCCCGAACGAGAUGGCUGAGGAGCCGGAGGCCGUGCUCCCUCUCCCUCCUUCGGGUGCGGCGGACGGCGAAGGGCCUACGGACGUCUCUCCAGGAACAGCCACGCCGGAGCCCCCUUCUUCUGCCGCAGUCUCCCCGGGAACGGAGGAACCUGCCGGCGACACCAAGAAAAAAAUUGAUAUCCUGCUAAAAGCUGUGGGAGACACCCCUAUAAUGAAAACAAAGAAGUGGGCUGUAGAGCGAACCCGAACCAUCCAAGGACUCAUUGACUUCAUCAAAAAGUUCCUUAAACUUGUGGCUUCAGAACAGUUGUUUAUUUAUGUGAAUCAGUCAUUUGCUCCUUCCCCUGACCAGGAAGUUGGAACCCUCUAUGAGUGUUUUGGCAGUGAUGGUAAACUGGUCCUACAUUACUGCAAAUCUCAGGCAUGGGGAUGAAGGACAGAGAAAAAGAUCUUGAUAACUUCACAAAGGACACAGCUCUGAAAAGUUUGAUACUUAUGGCAAGAUAUUUGUGGAUAUGAUCUCAGCAUGUUAUCUGCUAAGACCCAUGUUUAUGCAUGUAAAAAUCCAUAGAGUUGACCCACAAAAAUGUGAUUUGCAUUAAUACAGGAGUCAUCGUGAAAGAGUGACAUUAGAGUAUAUACAGCACUACAACUAUUGCUCCAGAUAUGCCUCCAGGAUAUUGAAAAGGAGACUAAGAUUGUAUAAAGCCUCUUUUUUGUUUGUUG